UGAGCUCCGGGCCGAUUCUGCGGCAGAGAAACCGGGUGCCGGGGCCGCGCCGAGCAGCUGCCGCCCAUCCGCUCCGUGGAGGUCGAGUCCAGGGUUUGGAACCCGGGGCGGCGGCGGAGGGCCCGCGCUCUCCACAUGGACGCGCCGGGGGACCCAGAGGGCCCACGCCCACCAGGAGGUGACCGAGAGCGAGGUGAUGGCCCUGCUGGAUGUGCAAGAGAAACACGCAGGCGAUUCUCACGGGAACAGCUUUACGUACUGAUAUCCGCAGCUUCUGUGAACUUAGGUUCCAUGAUGUGCUAUUCUAUCCUUGGACCCUUUUUCCCCAAAGAGGCUGAAAAGAAGGGAGCCAGCAAUACCAUUAUUGGUAUGAUUUUUGGAUGUUAUGCUUUGUUUGAGUUGCUGGCAUGUUUGCUAUUUGGAAAUUAUAUUAUACAUAUUGGAGCAAAAUUUAUGUUUGUGACAGGAAUGUUUGUCUCAGGAGGAGUUACAGUUCUCUUUGGUUUAUUGGAUCAAGUUCCAGAAGGACCAAUAUUUAUUACUAUGUGUUUUCUAGUGAGAGUAAUGGAUGCGAUAAGCUUUGCUGCGGCAAUAACUGCAUCAUCUUCUAUCCUUGCAAAAGCUUUUCCAAAUAAUGUGGCUACAGUAUUGGGAAGUCUUGAGACCUUCUCUGGACUGGGGCUGAUAGUGGGUCCUCCUGUAGGUGGCUUUUUGUAUCAAUCCUUCGGCUAUGAGGUGCCUUUUAUUUUUCUGGGUUGCUUAGUUCUGCUGAUGGUACCACUCAACAUGUAUAUUUUACCCAAUUAUGUAUCUGAUCCAGGACAGCACUCGUUCUGGAAACUGAUCUCUCUACCCAAGGUCGGCUUUAUAGUUUUCACCAUCAACUCGCUCAGCUCCUGUUUUGGCUUCCUUGAUCCUACUCUGUCUCUCUUUGUUUUGGAAAAGUUUAAUUUACCAGCUGGAUAUGUGGGACUGGUAUUCCUGGGUUUGGCACUGUCCUACGCCAUUUCUUCACCACUAUUUGGCCUACUAAGUGAUAAGAUGCCUCAUCUAAGGAAAUGGCUUCUGGUUUUUGGAAACUUAAUCACGGCAGGGUGCUACAUGUUCUUAGGACCUAUCCCAAUUUUGCACAUAAAAAGUCAGCUCUGGCUUCUGGUGCUGGUAUUAGUUGUACACGGCAUCUCUGCUGGAAUGAGUAUAGUUCCAACUUUCCCAGAAAUUCUCAGCUGUGCAUAUGAAAAUGGAUUUGAAGAGGGAUUAAGUACACUGGGACUCGUAUCAGGUCUCUUUAGUGCAAUGUGGUCAGUGGGUGCUUUUAUAGGACCAACAUUGGGUGGAUUUCUGUAUGAAAAAAUUGGUUUUGAAUGGGCAGCAGCUUUACAAGGCCUGUGGGCUUUGAUAAGUGGAUUAGCCAUGGGCUUAUUUUAUGUACUGGAACAUUCAAGGAGAAGAAGAAGAUCUAAAUCUCAAAACAUCUUCAGUACAGAGGAUGAGCAAACUGCUCUCUUGCCUCAUGAACUGUAGCUUGAUGAAUCCUGGAUUGAUACAAAGUUGGAAGGUGGAUGCUUCUGGCCUUGAACAUUACUGCUGAAAAAGUUUUCUUAAUUUUACACACAGAACUCCGUGGACCCACACCGGUAUCUUGGAAGUAUGAAUGUGUUUUUGGACUAUCCUGUGUUGGGUUUCACUUACUAUUGUCCCAAAAAGCUGGCCUGCCGAACCAGCUAUACUUGAAACAUUAACUGAUAAGUAUAGAUGGAAACCAGCAAAAGUUUGUGUUCUUAAGUGACUGAACUUUCCUUGAAGAUGCUGUUAUUGACUCUAUUUAGGUCUCUUAUUUCCUUUGCUUAUUUUUUAUUCUAAGUACAUUAAUUCUGUGAAUAUACCUUUUUUGUUGUUGCUAAUGGGGAAAGAGAUGAAUUGAUUUAAUAUGCUCUUCUAAAUAUAUAAAGUAACUCAAAAUAUAUAUAAUAAUUAUUCUGAAAUCAGUUUUUAAAAGAUAUACUUUGUAUCAUGAGACAAAGGCAAAAUUCCUGCCUUUUAUGUAAAAACUCUGUAGAGUCUUAAGAUUUUAUGAAAAUUUUAUUUCUGUGAAACUUACAAGAAUAAUAUUUACAACUUCUAUUUUUAUAAUCUACUUUCAAUUAUAACCUGGAUUUAUAAACAUUACUUGGUGUAACACCAUUCAUUCCCUAAUGUCUCUGUUUUUCAAUUCUUCCAUAUGUUUCAUUUUUUGUCUUUUCCCCCCAUAUUCUUGGUGGAUAUAUUUCAUCAUCAGGUCACCCCAUCCUCCCAUGGACAGCUUCCUUUGACUUCAGGUGUAAUCCCUGCUGUUUUUUGAUGUGAGCAGAUAUUUGCUAUACAACUCUCAUACCUCCCAAUCUAUUUUCAUGGGGUGGUAGCCACAUUUCCAGUAUUAUCUAUUCCUUCGUUCAAAAACACCUGGGUAUUGAAUGGCUUCUCUGGACUUGGCACUGUGCUAGAUGCUAGAGGGUUAGCUGUGAUCAUAUAGAUAAAACAAUUUCUGCUUUCUCUCUCUCUCUUUUUUUUCUCUGCCACAACUUGGAAGAAGAACAAUUUCUGCUUUUAUGUAACUUAUACCAGUGGAAGGGACAAACAAUAAACAGAUACUAGAAUCUCUAAUGUUCUUACAGAAAUGCUAAGAAGGAAAAACCUGCCACCUGCUAGAGUAGUCGGAUGUGGAGGCCUAAUUUGGAUAAGGCCUGUCCCUGGGAUGGUGAGACUUCUGAGCUGAGACCUGAAGGAUGAGAAUGAGGCCGCUGGAUGAGAAUGAGAAGCCAUUUGUGAGGGGGACUAGCUCAUAGUUUGUGUAGACGUAGAGUCUAGUAAACACGAGGUAGGGGUGUGGGGGAAGAACCGGCUUUUAAAGGGGUGAUUCCAAAAUCUGACUCCCGUUUUCAGGCAGUACAUAAUGUCUGCACACGGACUGUGAGCGGGAAGGCAUGUAAAUAGGAAUGGGGGGAGAACUUUAGCGGCUUUGAGAGAAAUAAUCAUGGUUUUGACCAGGGAGGUGGCAGUGGAAUUAGAGCAAAAGGGGUAUACUGAGCAUCUGGAGAGAGGAGAGAGGAACCUAGGAUGACCCCGCAGGUUUCGGUUUGAGGGUGUGCGUAGAUGGCAAUGCUUCUUAGCCAGAUAGAGGCAAUCGGGAGCAAAACGGAUCCUUAAGGAGCCGAUUAAAACCACGAUGGGAGGCCCAGUGUACAGCGCCAGCCACAUACACCGAGGCUGGCGGGUUCCAACUGCUGGGCGUUGUGGCGGGCGCCUGCAGUCCCAGCUGCUUGGGAGGCGGAGGCAGGAUCGCUGGAGCCCAGGAGUUUGAGGUUGCUGUGAGCUAUGACGCCGUGGCAUUCUACACUGGGCGACACGGUGAGACUCUGUCUAAAAAACAAAACAAAACAAAACAAAACAAAGCAAAACAAAAAACGGUGGUGUGCCAUUGACGUUAACUGUAGAGGUUGGGUGUGCGUCUGUCUCACAAGCUCUUCAUAUCCCUCCUCCCUCCAGGCCCUUCGCCCUUGACCCGCACAGGGUGGUCAAGCGCGUGAGAAACGGCCGGUCCUUCUUUUCCCUGGAGCAGAACAGGGAAAGGGUGUGACCUAGAGCGCUGCACCUGUGCUGGGUGGGGCUUGGGUCUCCUGAGUUCAAUCGCCUUGGAGCUUUCCCGCUGUCUGCCCGGGUUCGCGCCUGCGGGGCGGCUCGCACCUCCCCAACCGGGUAUGUGGCACCAUUCGGGAUCGCUAGUCUGUUUGUUAGCAGCGCAGUGGACUGUCGAGAGUUCAAGGUCAGGGCAAAGAUUCCAGCAUUUCCGCUGAACUUCCUUUGUUCCCAUUCCCAAGAUACUAUUUUCAAUAUAUGCCUCGGAUACCAGUGUAUUUGUAUUUAACCAAAUUUAGCUCUUAACUCAUAUUUUAUGAUUUUACAAGUACAAAGAUAAAAUGACCAAAAGUGCCUCCCCCCACCCACCAUGAAGUAGAGGGGCGUUUCCCCCAUAUUUACUGUGAGAACUUGUUAGAGCUGCAGGAGGUAAAACUUCACAGAAGUGUGUGGCCCUCAUGACUGGGACCCCCUGAAGUUUUUAUCGCUCAGAUUUGUCUGCACUGAGCUUCCAGCAAUACCUCAGUUACACCUCAGAUUUCCCUACCCUGGCACUGGUUCUAAUGACUUGUAGGCAUUCUACAAACUUUUCAUCGGAGUGGGAAAGCCAGGUUGAUGCCUCACCCUGUUCUGCUGAGGAUAUUUCUGGGGCACAAGAUAAUGACUGGCUACCCUGCAUCUAUGACAGGAGACAGAAAGGGGUUUCUGUGAAACUUUGGAUUCAGAAAAAUCUCAGUGACUCCCCUAGAUAAGAAAUCUUAGCUUUUUAAGAUGGAAGCUUCGAUCAUUGACCCUACUGUCUUCCUGUUGAUUCACAAGUUUCCAUUUUGCCUGACUGAUCUUUUAUAACCUGUGUUAUAUAACCUGUGUUAUGUUAAAUACUUUACCCAUUAUUGUUCAUUUUUUUUAUUAUGUUGGAACAUGUCUGUUUUCUCUAUUGUUUUAUAAUCUGUUUGAUGAAUUAAAUACUUACCUUUAUUCUUCUUUGAAUGCUGCACAAAUAUUACAUGCUUAAUAAUUAUUAAAAUAACAAAUAAUUUUUCAGUGUAUUUCUAAGCACCAGAUAUAUAUGAAAACUGGGGGAUAGUGUACAUAAGAGAAGUUGAGCUUGACAUUCCUAUUUGGUCACCAAAGACCACCUCAGACAUCAUCUCUCCUCGGAAGGAGUCUCUAUAGGUAGAAAGAAAUGUUCUCAUUCAUUCUGAUUUCUUUAUAUUUCUAUAUAUUUUCUAGGUACUCCUGUUGUUGCACUUACACUGUGUCAUAAUAUUUAAAAAAUAGCUUAUAAGUCUGUCUUUCCUAUUGAAGUCUUAGUCUUUUGAUAACAGGGACCCUGUCUUAUUCCUUGGUGCUUAGCACAGUGCCUGACAUACAGAAAUCAUCCAGAAAAUGUCUGUUGGGUGAAUGAGAGAACAAAAGGUCUUUCUCUGCCUCUGGAGUCUGUUAAAACAUUCAGAACAUGUAGCAAUCCAUGCUGUGUUGUGCUAUAUUUCAGAAAAUAAACAUGCAGGCCUAAAAAAAAAAAGAUCAAAAGUGUAUGUAUGUGUGUGUGUGUGUAUUUUUUUGAUGUAAGAAGAUGAAAGAACACUUUAAAAAAAUGAAACCAAAAUGUAGAUCAAAACUAUCAAAGGAAAUUUCUGUGUUUAUAUUUUUAUAUAUUUAUAAUCUUCUAAGCGUAACAAAGAUA